UUGUUCUUCCUGCUCUCGUCAACAACAUGGUUGGAUUCCCUGAAAAUACUUACUUUUACAUCAGAUCCCGUCAAAACGGUUCCUGUUUGGAUGUGUACAAUGGAGAAACAUCUGCUGACACAUCCAUCAUCAUUUGGCCCAAGAAAGAAAACGAUAAUGAUAACCAGCUCUGGCGUUUUGAGGAUGGCUUCUUGAUCAACAAAAAGUCCAACUUGGUGAUGGAUGUUCGCGGUGGCGAUCUGAAAUCCGACAAGCCUGUCGUUCAAUAUGACCGCAAAUUGACACAAGCCCACAAUCAGCGAUGGGGUUACCGUGAUGGUUUCAUCUACGUUCUCGCUGACCCUCGCCUCGUGUUGGACAUCAAGGGUGGCAAGGAUAAGGAUGGCACCAAAGUGAUCUUGUAUUUGCGCAAAGAUACCGAAAAUGACAACCAGCAAUGGACUAUCGAGCCCUUUGGCACUCCCGGAUACCAGCAACAACCCGCCCCCCAGCAACAGCAACAGCAGCAAUCGCAAUGGGGAGCUUACGGACCUCCUCCUGGUUACGAACAACAAAGACAAUCCUCCGGUGGAUUAGCUGGUUAUGGUCCGCCCGACGAUGAGAAUCCCGCUUACAGCAGCUAUAGCACCAGUAGCUACACUACCAGCAGUUAUUCUAGCAACGACUGUGCGCCAAUCUCGUAUGAGCAAGCGUCCGAGGCCCACCGAGAAGUAUACCAAGAGAGAAAAGCGCAUUUAUCGCAUCAACUGAUUGCCGGUGCGGCAGCUUAUGAAGCCGUCAAGGCUUAUCGCCGUCGUCAGGAAGCGCAAGGUAAACCCGUGUCGUAUGGGUUUGCUAAGCAGGCCGUGGCUGCAUUUGCGGCUGCUGAAGUGGUCAAGUUUGCUGAAACCCACAACUGGUCUCACUCUCAGAAAGAAGCCGCCCAGCGCAGUGCCGAACAAGCAGCUGAUCAUUAUGCUUCCCGGGAAUUUGGCGGUUAUUAAACGAACAAAGAUUGGGGGGAAAUCCCCUGUGAAAAGUUGUCCAAUAAAAAGCCAUGAAAAAGGAAAAAGCGAAGAAAAA